AUGGUUAGCGCAACUGAGAGCUUGGGCCAUCUUCAGUGGCGACGUCACCCGAAUCUGGCCUCAUCCGAAUCUGGCCUCAUCGCGGAAUCUGCAGCGGGGAUUUUCUCUUCCCAAACACCUCGAGUUCUGUCCAUCGCCGCAUCCAAGCUGGAGCGGGGUCUUUUCACCGUUACAUUCAACUGGAGCAGCUUCUGCCUCAUCUCGGUUUCUCUGGCAUACUGA